GUCAGUUUUCCAAGCUCUGGGUAAGGUGGGCCACGCCCAAACGUCCCAGAGAGUACAGACCCCACGGAGGCGUAAUGCACUAGUCCACUCAUUAGUAACCUGAUGCGCGAUGACAGACAAUCCAUUUGCACAGUUGCUACUAAGAUUAGCGGGGAGCUUUAUGAGAAAGUGUAUGAAACGCGGCUCGAAGUCUGCAAGACCCCUUUUCAAGGCGCUGUCCUGCACUACACAGUUCAGCUAAAAUGGGUACGGCUAGUAUUCAGGCCGGUAAAGAUCGCGGAGGGAAUAUCAUGGGCCUUCGAAGUUUCCCAUGGACUGGUGGGUUUUCACCUGUGAAUGGCCUGAAGACGGUAGUGAGGAUGUCGCGGACCAAAGGCCGUAGAUACCAUAUCCAAGACGGCGCAGUCUCUAGCCAAAGAA